AUGCAGUCCAUUAGAGACUUGAAGGCCAAUUUCAGCGGGCCUCCUCCAUCUGCAAUGGCUUCGAGUGACGCUUAUCUUCAGGGUAGCAUCCGUAUGACUCUGGAGGACCCGGAACUCUGGAGGACCUUUCAUGGGAUCGGAACAGAGAUGAUCAUCACAAAGCCGGGCAGGAGAAUGUUUCCUCACUGCAAAGUCAAUCUGUCUGGUCUUAUUCCUUGUGCCAAGUAUAUUUUGCUGGUUGAUAUGGUGCCAGAGGAUGGCUUCAGAUACAAGUGGAAUAAAGAGAAAUGGGAGGUGGCGGGAAAAGCGGAGCCUCAGCCCCCCUGCAGGACAUACCUGCACCCCGACUCACCCGCCCCGGGGAGCCACUGGAUGAAGCAGUCCAUCUCCUUCCUCAAGCUCAAGCUCACCAACAAUACGCUGGACCAACACGGACAUAUCAUCUUGCACUCGAUGCAUCGUUACCACCCCCGCUUCCACAUUGUUCAAGCUGACGACCUGUUCAGUGUCCGCUGGAGCGUUUUCCAGACUUUCACCUUCCCUGAGACGUCCUUCACAGCAGUCACAGCCUACCAGAACACAAAGAUCACCAAACUCAAGAUCGACCAUAAUCCCUUUGCCAAAGGUUUUCGCGAUGAAGGCACAACAAAAAAAAGGCGCGCAAGCAAGAACCAAAGCGACCUGGACAAGAAAGCCAAACUCUCCGAAAUGAACAGGGACUCUGAGGAGGACAGUCCGACAGGUUUUUGCAGAUCAUCUUUUGAGACAUACGAGGGGGAUGAAGCAGAGCUACGAAAGAGGAAGGAGGGUGACGAAAUCAAGGAGGAGCGCUACUCCCCUUGGUCGACGGAGAGGGAGCGGAACACAAGGAACGGAUCUUCUCCCGCUGCUGAAUCACGGGACAUUUACAGCACCGAGCAGAUGGUUCCAGCUCUGGCAUCCUACCAACCUUACAGGUUCCACGAGUACGGAAAGUCUCCGUCCCCGUCCUCCAGCGUCGGCAGCAAUGCCAGUGGUUCGGCGCGCGGCAGUUUUGAGUCGCGCGUCCCAGACGUAGUGGUCCCUGAGCACGACUCCUCCAAGCCCCGCGUGCACGAAGCGGCCCCUUCCUGCGCCCCCCAGCCUCUCCCGAGCUCCCAAGACUACCCCGGAGUGCUCAACAUGUCUGUGGCUCAAGCGAGCAAGCCAGGCGUUCUUGGCCACCACGUCUACAGUCCCUACGGUACCGAGCAGACCCUAGGUCAGUGGAGUGGGUCAGGUCCGGCCCAGUACCCUACCCCGCACCACCUGACCGCCGAUUACGCCACGCAAGCUGUGCAUCACAGCUAUCCCCAUAGCAACGUGACAGAGUGGAGCCAGUACCCGCUGUUCUCUUAUUCUUGCUGGUGA